UCGAAAAAGCUGGUUGCUUUUAUUACAGGUGUGCCAGCAAGGAUACGUGUUCGUGAUGAGGUUGUUACCAUGGCUGAGGUUAAUAUCUUGUGUGUUCAUAAGAAGCUCAGGUCAAAGAGGCUUGCACCUGUCAUGAUUAAGAAGGUGACUAGAAGGGUUCAUCUGGAAAAUAUAUGGCAGGCUGCUUACACUGCCGGUAUUGUCAUUCCAACACCUAUAACAAGCUGUCAUUAUUGGCAUAGGUCUCUUAAUCCUAAGAAGUUGAUUGAUGUUGGAUUUUCAAGGCUUGGCCCGAGAAUGACUAUGAGUCGUACUAUUAAGCUCUAUAAGUUACCCGAUUCUACGGUUACACCAGAUUUUAGGAAGAUGGAACUGCGUGAUGUUCCAGCAGUUACUCGACUUCUGAGGGGUUAUUUAAAGCAGUUUGUUGUGGCACCCGACUUUGAUGAAAAAGAUGUUGAGCAUUGGCUUCUACCUAAAGACAAAGUAGUUGAUGGCUAUGUUGUUGAAAGUCCUCUGACCCAUGAGAUCACGGAUUUUGUCAGCUUUUACACUCUCCCUUCUACUAUCCUUGGCAAUGCAAAUUAUUCUACUCUGAAGGCUGCCUAUUCUUACUACAAUGUGGCUACAAAAACCCCAUUGAUUCAGCUCAUGAAUGAUGCUCUCAUUAUAGCAAAGACCAAGGACUACGAUGUUUUUAAUGCCCUGGAUGUCAUGGAGAAUGACACAUUCCUGAAGGAGCUCAAAUUUGGGCCCGGAGAUGGAAAGCUUCAUUAUUAUCUCUUCCUAAUUGAUACUCUAUUGGAUUCUGUUUUCCAAAUUUUGCUCUCUUAUAGAAAUUGCGUCGACUUGUUAACUCCUACAGUUAAUAGGUAUCAGCUAUGCAUUCAUUUGCUUAAGCUAGAUUUGCACUUUGGUUGCUGA